UACUUCUUGAAACUGACAAAUUCAACAAUUUUAUGUUGUAUUUUAUCGAAUCAACAUUUUAAUGAGAGAUUUAAUUUUCUAAGAUUAUUCAGAUAUAACGUUAUAUUCUGGAAGUUGAAAUAUUUUCUCGCAUUGAAAACGAAACCUCAGUUACUGUUUCGAUUGCAAUUUCUGGCAUAAUCAAGUUCUACAUAUUUUAACGUUCAUAUUUUAAUGUUCAAAAUAUAUUUUAAUGUUCAAAACAUAUUUUAAUGUUCAAAAUAAUACCAAAACGUUAGAGUUCUCGAAUUAUGAACUCGCGUGACAGAAACUGUUAGAUUGAAAUAUUUUCAACUAGAAACGAGAGUAUAUGAUUUGAAGUAAAAAUGCCGAAAGUGGUUUCAAGAAGUAUAAUAUGUUCCGACACGAAAGACCAAGAGGAAUAUAGCGAAGAAAAACCAUUACAUAUUUAUUACUGUUUAUGUGGACAGAUGACAUUAAUUUUAGAUUGUGCCAUAGAAAAAUUACCUUUGAGAAAAAGGGAUGGUGCGAGAGUUAUUGAUGGAAGUAAACAUGCUCACAAAAUGACUUGCGAGCAAGAUGAAAUUGUAUACUUAAAACGUUCUGAAGGAAUAGAAAAACAGUAUCGUCAAAAAUGUAAAAAAUGUGGUCUUUUUCUUUAUUAUAAACAUGACCAAGCAACAAAUAUCGUAUUUAUUGUAAAAGGUGCGGUAAUCAAAAGUUCUGGUGAAGGUCCAAUGACAGAUAUAUAUAAUCAAGUAGCUAUUGAAAAACCCAAGAAAAUAAUGGUAACAAAGCACACAAAGAAUAUGGGAAAAUUCAGUUCUGUUACUGUUUCUACAAUUGAUGAAGAAGAAGAUGAAAUUGAAGCGAGAGAAGUUGCUGAUUCGUAUGCUAAUAAUGCGCGAAUAAUAGAAAAACAACUAGAGAGGAAAGGAAUGAAUAAACGAAAAGCUAUGCCUCCACCUGAAGCAGAUCCAAAAAGAACAAGACCACGUGGAACAUUGUUAGAUGUAUAAAACUUAAUUGUAUUAUUCUCAUGUAUAUUUGAAGUUAGAUAUAAGUACAUGUAAAAAGAAAUGUGAAUGAAAUAUGAAAGAUAUUUUAUAAAAAAUUUUAAUCUUCUAUUAUACCAAAAUUUAUGUAAACAAUGAUGACUAAAAAAAAUUAUUAAACGAUUUUUUAACAUUAUA